UUUUGUUUUAAUUUCGGCUUAGGAUUUUAAGGUUUUUAAUUUAAGUGGAACCAAAUGCAACCAUUUAUCGUCAUACGCAAUUACCGUGAAGAUGACGAACUCAAAUGCCAGGAUCUGAUGCGGGACUACAUCAUGUCAUUCUCAUCCAGGUCGUUCUUUGCGGUCUGCUUUCGAGAGAUAACGCUGCAGUUUAUUGUCAUCACUUGGGCCAUAUUCUUCAUAUUUCUGGGUGUGCCGCUGCUCUUCUGCGUCCUCACAAUACCUGGCUGUCUGUUUUUCCUCUUCACCAGCACCUACUUCUCCUUCUAUGCCAAGGCAACGGAGCUAAUGAGGUUGAAGCCCUCUCAAUCCUUGGUUGCCGAAUGCUAUGAGCCGUUCAUCUUUCGUUGUGCACCAAACGAGGCUAGUUAUCAGAUCUUUAUGGAGAAUGCGCCGUUCGAUGAGACCUAUAAGAAUAAGUUUCGUCGUCGAAUUGUGGCCACUAUAAGUGCAAAGAAUCAUCAUGCUGUCUACAAUGCAGCCUGGAUCUAUCGCUUUGCCAUUGCCAAGAACUAUCCGUUUCAGAAGAUCAUGGAACCAAUGAUUGGUUUGGUCUCGAAGAAUUGCGCCAAUGCCGGCUAUGCUUCGCUGGAGUGCACCAUAUCCGAGUGGCAGGAGAACGAGCGUGACUUCUACGAUGAUAUCGGCUUUGUCACGCGCCAAAUCUAUCACAAGCAAAUUAUUGGCAGCAGUCUGACGGUAAUGAAGACCCAAUUAACAUACGCUCUACGCACAGAUGACACGCUCCAAAAGCAAAACUAGCCCAUUCCAAUAAUCAAUACACUCCUCCACAUAGAGAAUCUCGGGAAAACACACAAGAAAAAAAAGAUAUCUGUGAAACUUAGCGCAAUAUUUAUAUAUGUUUGUUUGUUUGUUUGUCUUCGGGACAUUCCAGUCACACGAUGUCUACUGUGAAUACGAAAUUAUAUAUAUAU